AUGCGAUUUGUACGAACCACGCCGCAAAUAAAGCUCUUUAGCAAUCUGGACACCAAAAAUGUAAAAUUUUUGAACGGCGAACGCAAAUUCGAAGCUAGAGGAAAGGUUUUUUUUCAAAGAAUAUAUUUUUUUUGAAAAGUUUUUCAUUGAAGGUCGGACAAACACUACUGGACGUCGUUGUUGAGCACGAUCUCGACUUAGAUGGUCAGUUAUCAUUUUCCUUCUGUGAUGAGAAGUUGGUGAACUUCAAUUAUGGUCGCUUUCCAGGUUUUGGGGCUUGUGAAGGCACUUUGGCGUGCUGCACAUGUCACGUUAUCCUACGCAAAAGCCAUUACGAACGAGAAGAUAAAGUCAGUCUGUCUCUCAUCAGUUUUUAUAUGUUUCAACUUUUUAUUAGAAGCGUUGAAACUUCAUAUCCUAAAUUCCAGGACAUAAGGGCGGUCUUUUAAUUGUGUAGUGUUAGUCCAUUCCGUGCCAGCUUUUCCCCAUUAUCUAAACGCCAAAAAAAGUAAAAAUAUAAUCGUAAAAUUGAUUUGAUUGAAUAUUACCACCAUUUCUUUUUUUCCAGUUGAAUCCAGCUGGAGAAGAAGAGCUUGACCUUCUGGACAUGGCUCCCGAAUUGAACGAUUAUUCUCGUCUUGGAUGUCAAGUAGAAGCCAAAAAAUAAUCUCAAUCAGUGAUCAUUUUCAGAUAAAGAUUACAAAUAAAGACGCAGAGGUAAUUGAAGUCGUCGUCCCGUCCAUCACUCGAGAUGCCCGAAAUUCUUGA